AUGAGAUUCUCUACCAUCACUCUUUUGGCCCUUGGUGCCACUGCUUCAGCUUAUGUUGUACCGAACCGACAAGUUGUUGAUAAUGCUGUCAAGCCACGCAUGCCAGAAAAUGAAGCCAUUCAGGCAUCCAACCUUGUAGCUGCUCUGUCAGCUCGUGACCUUGAAGCCCGCCACCACCAGGGCGGCAAGGGCAAGGGCAAGGGCAAGGACAAGGGCAAGAAGAAGAACGCCCGUGACGUCGAGUCUGAGCUCGAGGGCAUCGUAGCCCGUGACGUCGAGUCCGAGCUCGAGAACAUC